AAGAAUCACCGGUCAGCCUCGCUCUUCUGAGAUCGAACUAAUAUAACUUACGUUAAAGGAAAGAGUUACAUGAGCAGCAGCAUCAAGGAGAAGUUUUGCCCAUUGAAGGAGGUACUUUUGUAGCGAAGUUUCUAAAAAAUUAUCAAGCAAUGGCUCAACUACCCCAAUCUUGUACUGCCAAGCCUGAUUUUGUCCCUCUACAUUGUACCGACCCCAGCAGUGAUGUUAGGCAACUCAAGAAUGGUUCUAAUUUUGUGAGUGCAUCGGCUCUUAAGUUCGAAGGCAACUGGAAAGAAAAUACCACUUAUGCCGAGUUACUAGAUAGCUGCACGUUCAAAGUUAGCGGAGAUUGCCGGCUUCAAGGACAUAAUUACAUGGCACAGUUCGUGAUCGGGCUGACACAUCAUCAUACUAUUGGAAGAGUGAAAAUUGAAACCAGCUCUCCAAAGCAAGAGUCUGAAGAAGACUUGAGUAAUCAGACAUCUGAGCUUGUGAAACCACUUUUGAUCGGCCUUUGUGGUGAUGACCAUGUCGAAUAUUCCCUCACUAGUGUUGAACCCCACCGGAAGAUGCAGAAAGGCCUAAUUGUCUAUGGUGUUUCGUUUACCCUUGUGGGAAUGUAAUCAUCUAUAUGUGUAGCCAUGCAUGAGUUUGUCAAGCUCAUCAUGUCAUAAAUGCAUGUAAUGGAAUAAGACUAACAGCCUGCACUAGCUUGGGUUGUGCACUAUAUUGUGGGAAAUUGAAUUUGAAUCCACCUUAUUAGUUAAAGA